CUAUUCCCUUUAUUACAUAUAUGUAAUUCCGCCCUCUUUCACAUUCUCUUCCCUUCGCUUUCUAGUUUCUUCUUCACCUUCACCGCACCAAACCCCUCUCUCUCUUUCCCAACAAAAGAAAAUUGUUCAGUUCGCAUAUCCGAGGAAUUCAACAAAACCCUGCUCUCUCACCGAAAAGACACAAGAACAAAAACAAGUAACAACAUUUGCUCUCUUCUCUGUCUCCCAGCGAUCAUCACCAACAACAGGUUAAUUGGUUUUGCCAUAAAGAUGUCGACUUCGAUUUCGAGUACCAUUGCCACACCACCCCAGUUGGCACCAGUGAGAACAUAUGGCCUGCGCAUGGAGGGAAUUAAGCAAACUGGAUCUGAUCUAGGGAGGGUUUGCAUGCAGUUUCGACCUUUAGAUUAUAGAAGGGGACGUUUUCAGAUUGCUAAUUCUGGAGCCAGUCUUUCACAUUUUGAUGGAAGAACGCCCAUCAUGCGUUCCAUUGGAAUGUCUGUAAUAUGUGCUGCUGCCUCGAAUGCGAGAUGUGCUGGUGCUACUGCGGAGCAAACCCAGACUGUUACAAAGAAGUCUCCAACAAUUGCUUCUAUUCCUGGCAAGGAGAUGUCACCAAGACUUGAUGAUGGUGGCACUGGUUUUCCUCCAUAUGAUCGUGGUGGCGGUGGCGGCGGCGGCGGUGGUGGAGACAUUCCAUCAGGUGGAUGGAUCCUCUUUGGUUUUCUUGGUGUCCUUGACUUUCUGAAGGAUAAAGAAAUCAAGUGGCGUAAUCAGGAUGAUAGGUGAAGAUGAGUAAGGAUUCUCAUUAAUAUAAAAUAGGGACAGUUUGCUUACAUUUGUAGUAUAGACUAUAUAGAUUUAUUUGUGCUGCUAAUUCUUUUUCCAUUGAUGAAUAAAUUGUAAUACUUGGAAAAGGUCAACUUUGAGUUGUGGUUCAUUAGCAUAUGGCUUGUGGACUCGGGCAGGAGAUAUUCUUGACACUACAUUUUGUUUUUUAUUUUUAAUUUAGCAUGCACUUUCUAAGCAA